GCUAUCCCACCUACACGCGAGUGUAGGUCUCGCAUGCCCCUCGUUAGCACUCCCUGGUGAGGACGGAGGAGAGGGAGGAUUUGGAAUAAACAUGCAACAGAGCGAUCAGAGUAGAGUUUAAUUAAUCGGUUCGGAGAGAAUUUGGAAGGAGGGAGAGCGAACGCAGUGAGAUGUGUCGGAUUCGGCAUAGAAGAGACGGAUGUGUUCUGUUAAAUCGGCGGCGGUGAAGGGCAGCAAUCCUCACGGUGUUAGCUACUGCUCUUUAUUUCUGUGAUCAAACGAUGAAGAAGGUGCGGCUCAAGUGGGUGAAGAACCGGGGCCUGGACCACAUCAUCGACCGGGACACCGACAUCAAGGCGGCGUGCCUCCUCAAGGACGCCAUCGGCCGCAGCCCCUCCGGCGCCGUCCUGGCCCGUUCCCUCGCCCCGCUCCAGAAGCCCCUUGGCCUCACCGUCCCCGUCCUCCGCUUCCUCCGCCGCUACCCCACCCUCUUCCGCGAGUCCCCCCAUCCCCGCUUCCCCUCCCUCCCUGCCUUCUCCCUCGCCCCCGCCUCUCUCCUCCUCGACCGCCUCGAGCGCUCCGCCCUCGCCGCUUCUCUCCCCACCGCCGCCGACCGCCUCGCUCGCCUCCUCAUGAUGUCCCGCUCCCGCGCCCUCCCCCUCCCUUCCCUCCUCCCUCUCCGCUACGACCUCGGCCUUCCCCUCGACUUCCCCUCCACCCUCGUCCCCGCCCGUCGCGACCUCUUCCGCCUCUCCCGCCGUCCCCACGACGGCGUCCCCCUCCUCUCCCUUGCCGACUGGCCUGACGACCUCGCCUUCUCCGCCCUCCAGAGCCGCCAUCAGGCCUCCCUUUCCGACCCCUCCUACCGCGACUUCAAGAAGCCCCCCGAUUCCUCCUCCGCCCCUCUCGCCUUCCCCAUGCGCUUCCCCCGCGGCUAUGGAUCCAUGAAGAAGGUCAAGGCCUGGAUGGAGGAGUUCCACCGCCUCCCCUACGUCUCCCCCUACGAAGAGGCCUCCGGCAUCGACCCCGAUAGCGACCUCAUGGAGAAGCGAGUCGUCGGAGUCCUCCAUGAGCUGCUCAGCCUCACCGUCCACAAGAAGACCAAGCGCAACUACCUGCGCUGCCUCCGCGAGGAGCUUGGCCUGCCCCACAAGUUCACCCGCGUGUUCACCCGCUACCCGGGGAUCUUCUACCUGUCCCUCAAGUGCAAGACCACCACGGUGGUCCUCCGAGAGGGGUACGAGAAGGGGAAGUUGGUGGAAAACCAUCCGCUCGCUCGCAUCCGGGACAAGUUCUACUAUGUCAUGAGGACGGGGCUUCUCUACCGGGGCAAGGGCAUGGCGCAGCUGGUACUGGAGGAGGAUGAUGUGAUUGGUGGCGGAGGAGAUGGCAUGGAGAAGAAAAUGGAGGAGGAUAUGAACCAUAAUGAUGAUGAUGUUGAUGGAGAUCAUGAUGAUGGUAGUGAUGAGGAUGAAUGCUGUGAGCUGUAUGCAUCAGAUGAGGAAUCGGAAUCUGAUGAUGAUGAUUGAAUGAUGGCCUACAAUCUCCAAUAUCUUUCCUCUUUCGCACGGCAUGGCUAGCAGUGAAAAGAUUCCAUGAGGGAAGCCACCCUUCUCAAUGCAAAAUGUUGCAUUAGGACAAAUUUUGUUCAUGCUAGAGGAUGAUAUGCCCUGACCUGGAAAUGAAGAAGAUGAUUGGUGGUGUCCAUGAAGCUAAUCGUCUUUACUUCUUGUUAUUGAUGGAACCCCUACAACAUGUUUGGAUGAUAUCAAUAAUGUCACAAGCCAUGUUCAACUUUGGCAUCAUAGACUUGGACAGAUUUCCUUUGUCUCUUUGUUUAAUUUUUCCUGGUCAGUUCAGUUGAAUAAAGGAGUUUUGUUAUCUUGUGAAACAUGUUGAUCUUCUAAACGUUGUAGGACAAGUUAUCCUCCAAGUAACAAGCCUUUUCUAUUUUUCAGCUUGUUCAUUCUGUAGUUUGGGGACAUGCUCCUAUUUUCUCUUGUUUUGGUUAUCAUUAUGUCAUUUAUUUGUUGUUGUUUUUUCUCAAAAUUUUUG